AUGGCAGACGCCCUGAGCUCUGGAACCUAUGACUUUGGCUUUCUCCAUAUCAAGGCAGUGGACGACACUGGACAUGACCAGCAGCCGGUGCUUAAGCUCCAGUAUCUGGAGUGCGUGGAUGUGAUGAUACAACAGUUGAUCCGGCGGCUGCACGAAGCGGAGGCAUGUGGUCAGGGCUGGUAUGCGGUUUGUGUGACAGGAGACCACUCAACACCUGUGCUGUUCGGAGACCAUUCUCAUGAGCCUGUUCCAUUCACAAUAGCGCAUGUGCGCCAUGUGGUUGAGCACUCAGGUGGUUCAGAUGCUGUAUUGGGGACUCCCUUGUUGCACAUUCCACACCCCUCAGGACCCCACAGCGAGGCUUCAUUACAUGCAUUGGGCAAGACAGCACUACAGCGAAUGAAUUUGAAUAAAAGCUUCAUGAAGCAACCUACUGGUGAUGAUGUCACCACCUUUGGCGAAGCUGCUGCUGCAGCUGGCUUUUUGGGUCGCUUUCCAGGUGGUGAGGUCAUGCCAAUUGUGCAGCAAUUUAUUGCUUUACACAGACCAUGA